GCUCAGGUUCGUACUCUACAGUCAUUGUCUAGGUUUUGCCUUUCCCGUCUUGCUUCUAGCUUUUGCUGGACAUUCACUACUGCUUUUGCUGGCCAUUGUUCUCAUGAUGAAUUGCUGUGCUCACUUGGUUGCUUUCUUUCGUACCUAGAGUAUCAGCCCAAGCCUAGUUUCACUUUCCUUUCCCCCCGACAUUCGCACUGGCCGUGCUGAAUAUAUUAUCGGCGACGACUCGUUUGUUCAAGUCCUGUCUGUCCACCACCGAUAACUGACAAUCUGGGCUCCACCUGUCAAGAAUCCGCUUUGAUUACUCCAUUGUCCACUUUUUAAAGUCAUCUCCGUGCCGUUCGAUUCAUACAUGGCGGCUGCAGUAUUGCCCAACGUCUCCGUCUCCGGCCCAUUCCCCAUGGCAUCCCACCAGUGCAUCCCAAACAAGAUGCUCCCGACUGCGUCGUCCUCUCGUUCAAAACAGCCCCCCUCUUCGUCAUCGUCAGCAGCAGCAGAGGACUUAUCCACAAAACCAUUUACCCGCCUUCGUUCUUCCCUUGAGCAGAGCAUUCGGACUGCAACAAGGUCCAAGAAACAAACACCUCCCGUCGACGACUUUGCGACUAUUACACCCAAGACCGGCAAGGGAAAGGAAAGGGAAGAUUUACAGAAAGAUAAAGAGAGACAUGGAGUGCUAAGAAGACUGGAAUCCAAAGUCAACUUUCGUCGCGGUGGCAGAGAGUCCGUUACACCAGCACCUUCGCCCAUUCCGCCUGUUGCAGAUGAGACCUCCAACAAGGUGCGCCUCGCCGGGUUCACCAGUUUUAUAACGCCGUCACUCCGCCAGGGAUCCGUGUCAUCACCCGCUCUCCACCUUUCCUCGCAAGCUCUACCAUCUCCCAAGUCACAGCCUGCAAUUCCCGCCUCGUCUUCAUCGACUAGUCCUGCCCUUGUUUCUCCGGCGCGACCAGCUCGAGACAGGACGCGAAGAUCAAGCAACAAUCAUCCGUCGCAAAUUUCACCACCAGCUCUCACCGACGGUCGCUCCGUAUCCAGGUCCAAGGAACCGAUACCAAGGCAUAAGUCUACUAGAUCUGCUCCUCACAAUAUCUCCCCUUCGCCAUCCAACCAAUCGGUGAAUCUAGCGACCUGUGUGCCAGAGACGCCUUCAAAGCCCCGUCGUGAACUCAGUAGUCCUCCUGAUACGCCUACACCUGCAUCGGGGUCACGAGGGCAACUCCCCCCCAAAACGCCUGUGGAAAAUUCAGACCCGCCCUCUGCAUCCGCGAUAUCACCGAGGAAUUCGAGUCCCAUAAGGGCUCGAUCACCUUCCACCAGGAAUCGUGUUGUCCUGACAUCACAGCGUGGCUUAACUUCGUCGUCUACCUCCCAUCUUCCGACAACUCAAAUUACUGGGUCGUCUCCUAUACCCAGGCGGCCGUCUGUAGAUUCGCGGAGACCGUCGAUAGACUCUCCUCGGCGGCCAUCUACUGGAUCCCCGAAUUUAGGCAGAGAUGAGUCUCCAUCACCCAUACGACCGCGACCUGUAUCACCAAAUCAACGUUCAUACGCUCAGAACAGGCACUUCAACAUUUCAAGUACCUCACUGAUACCGCCUUUGUCUGACCCCGCAUUUCGCGAGCUUAUUAGGUCAGCUACCACGUUGCUAUGUAAGGAGGUCAAUAAACCUCCUGUGCAUGCUACACGAACGGAAGUCGGGGCUAAGGAUUGGGAGGAGGUGGAGAUUCGUAUGCGUGCCUUGUCACGACUUGAACGAAUAUGGGGUAAAAGUGGUGCGAACGGUAGUUCGAGUAAUCUGCCCAACGUUGGUGCUAGCGGACUUAGUGCAAGUGGCGAGGAGCGCGAGCGUAGACUAUUUGCGGAAGCUCUGCGAGAUGGUUUCGUGCUGUGCCAGUUAAUGAAUAAGCUUCGUUCGAGCUCAAUCGUGCGCCCUGACCCUCGCGAAGAUGGUUUCGUCAGGACUUCUAACAUUACGAAGUUCCUGGCAGCCUGUUCCUCCUAUGGUUUGCCUGAUGACGACUUGUUUCAACGCGACGAUUUAAUCGAGGCGUCAGCGGAGUCCUUAACGCGUGUCGCCAAAACAAUAAUCGUGUUGAUCAAGUUCGUCGAAACUCCUAUUGCCGAUCCUGCGAAGAUCUUGUCCGGUCAAACCCAGAAACCGUCUCCGGCGGGCCCUUACACUCAGGGUACGACUUCUCGGGCCACCUCCUCUUCACCAAAUUUGUUCACCCAGAGCUCUCCUCCGCCGACUCCGUCGCCUCGUAAACGAUGGUGCCCUUCGUCCGGAUUACCCACUGUAAGAUCGGACAGUCCUGAAGAAUCUGUCUCGAAGAGUAAAACACAACGAGACAGACCUAUUGUUGACGAAAGUAAUCGGGGUAAAGAUAUCGCAAAGGUGUUGACCCCUCCCCCUAGGUCUCCUCUUCGUGCUCGUUCCAAGACAGUGAACGAAGAUGAGGAUGGCCAUGGUCUGUUCACCUGUUCCGUGAACCUUCGUUCUUCUGUCGCUGACUCCACUCGUGCUUCUAUUGAUGACUCGUCUGUCCGAGACUCUGUUACCUCUACCUCUAAUCACUUCAUUCGUCAUUCUACUGUUUCGACCAUGACCGAUACUAGCACUGCUACCACGGGGACCAUGUUCUCUAGUCUCUUGGACGUCGGAAGGGCGAGUGUUUUGAACAAGUUCGGUACCAUCCGAACAAUGACCACUGAGGCCACUUCCGAGUCACCAUCUAUAACUCGAACGGAAGGCAGCUUCAUCGUUGAAGAAUUGUCUCGUAAACGGACAGAUUCGAGUGGCAAGUAUGACCGCAAGCUGAGCGAUGCGGCAGUCGUAGAUCUUUCCAGGGUGAUUGAGGAGACAGAUGAGAGUAGUGCAAGCUCUAGGGGUAAUGGUCGUGAUAGAGCAAAGCGUGCGGCAGCGGAGCUGGAAACAGAAACAGAGGAAAAUAAACCAGAGCGAGCUCAUGCCCUCCGUCUUGGCAAAGGUAAAUGGCCAGACGACUUCCUUGACGUUCUUCAGGCGCACAAUCAACCUCGACCUGUCCCUGCUAAAACAUUUACAUCGUCCGAUGACAUCGAUGAUCGUUCCUACACUCCAUCGCCUACAUCUACAUCUGCCCCUCGAAAACUUGCCAUUGUUGGUUCUAAUCGCCGUAAUGAAAGCGUUGAAUCGUUGCCCCAUUUCCCGAGAAGACCCACUCACCGUGCACGUCAUAGCAUUGACUCACCGGUUCUCUUACCCCGUGAACCUUCCCUUCGCCGGGAUGUUAGUCCCGACGCUCCCUCAUCGAGCAAGGCUAUACUCCGUCGACAUAGUACCAAGCCUGCCCAGCGAAGUGGAUCUCUCGUACCUAGGGAUGUCGAUGAAUCUCGGAGCUCGGAUUCGGACAAGAUGGUGCCAUUUCCUCUAACGACAUCUGGAGAAAACACACCUAGUAUAUCCCCACACUCCUCAUCCGGAGACAACCCCGCCGGGAACUCCGCCGCUCCUCGCCCUCCCCGCGGUCGAUUCCAAAGCGACAUCGAAGGUAGCAGUAGCAGGCGUAUUCGUCCUAACUUGUAUGAUGAAUUGGGUCCUAAGCCUACACGGUCCCGGUUUGAGAGUAUGGUCAACUUGGGCGUAGCGUCAUCCGGAAAUACGAGUGCUAGCGAUCUGAUGUCACGAGAUUCGAUGGAAGGGAGUGCGGUACGCAAGCCACUGAUUAUUCGAGAGGAGGGUAAGCCGCCGACCCACUUCCAACUCGGUAAUUGUAUCGGUCGUGGCCAGUUUGGUUCGGUGUACCGGGCUUUGAACCUCAAUACGGGGCAAAUGGUGGCUGUUAAACGCAUUAGACUUGAGGGUUUGAAAGAAGACGAGGUUACAACGUUGAUGAGAGAGGUGGAUCUUGUCAAGCGGCUGUCGCAUCCAAGCAUAGUCAAAUAUGAAGGCAUGGCCCGUGACGCCGAUACGUUGAGUAUCGUUCUCGAAUACGCAGAGAAUGGGUCACUUGGUCAGACACUGAAGGCGUUCGGCAAACUGAAUGAGUGCCUCGUCGCUAGCUAUGUGGUCAAGAUUCUAGAGGGUCUGCACUACCUGCAUACAAGUGACGUCGUGCAUUGUGAUCUCAAAGCGGCCAACAUCCUUACCACCAAGAAUGGUAACGUCAAACUUUCCGACUUUGGUGUUUCUCUGAACUUGCGUGCUAUGGAGCGAGAAAUUAAGGAUGUUGCCGGGACGCCUAACUGGAUGGCACCGGAGGUCAUAGAACUGAAGGGUGCCUCUCCGAAGUCCGAUAUCUGGUCGUUGGCAUGUACGGUGAUAGAACUGCUCACUGGAAGACCUCCGUACGGCGAUAUCGCCAACAGCAUGUCAGUAAUGUUCCGGAUUGUGGAGGACGACAUGCCGCCAAUUCCAGAUGGCUGUUCUCCGCUACUGGAAGAUUUCCUGCGACGAUGUUUCAACAAAGAUCCGGCUAAGCGACCCGGUGCGGAUCUCCUCUGUGAACAUGAGUGGCUCAAGAAGAACUGGGGUGCUCACAAGGAACUUCGUCCCCAAGAUAGCAUCCCCUUCCUUCGUCGCGUCAGUGCGGAUUUGCAGAAAUCUGAGGCUGUCCGAUUCCUGUCCCAGGUUGAAAUGCCAGAUACACCUCCACUGGAAGAAUAUUCCCAUGAUGAUGCGAUCAGCGGCUCACCUCCUCGUCGCCACUCCAACUCGUCGGCUCGACCCUUGGCCGAUAACGACAUUUCACCUCGCGAACAUACCUUUGUGAAAACUACAUUCAGUAAACCUAUGACUUGCCGAGUGUGUCUUCUGAACGUUAAGAAGAGUGCUGUUCUUUGUUCGCAGUGCAGUCUAAUCUCCCAUUCCAAGUGUGCCCGCAAUGCCCCUCCCACUUGCGAUCUCCGUGCUCAGCUGUUAUUAUAUGCUCAGUACGCCGAGAAGGGCAAUCCCAAUAGCGUUUACUCUAAUCCAGCAGACCUACUACGUGAUGGCCAUCCCGCGAGUCCGGUGUCUGACGUCUCUUACGUUGCCCAUACCCACACCCCACGAACAAGUAUUGAUGUGCCCCCUGCUACCCCCAAUCCAAGUGCCAGCUCGCAGGUGCAUACUGCAUUCAAGUUCAUCGGAGCCUUUAAGCGGUCGCGAAGUAACCUCACCUCGGAUCAAGACCAGUCUGUAGCUGGCUCGUCAACAUCUUCUCCGGACAAGGCUAACUAUACAAAGGGGCCCGCCUUACAGCGGAAGAUAACGAAGGAACGGCCGCAAUCCCUGUCGAGCAACAGCACUACACCGAAUAGUUCUAGUCUCAGAAGUGCACCUGAAAGUACUGGAAGGAAAUCUACAUUUUCUACUGAGACUGAUGGCGGCACGCGUUCAAUAUCUCCCAUCGAAGAGGGCGAAAUCCAUUCACCUUCAAGGAUAGCACCAGCAUCUGGAUUCUCAGACGAGGGACAUUUUCCUGGAGGUUUGAUCGAUUCUCGUCGUCAUAGAAAGACCAAAUCCGCCGGCAACUGCAUCGUGCAGUGAACAUUUUCUUUGUUUUCCUGUCCGUCCUUUCUGUAUACAUACUUGUGCACUAAUCGUUCCUUGUUCUGGUACAUCGCUUUGUUUAUAUCAUCCUUUGCAUCACUCUCGCGUUUGACUCUGCAUUCUGUACAUUAUUGCUUUUCUGUGCAUACUCCUCUACAACAUUGUGCAAUAGCAGUUUCCUUGUGUCCCCUACUCUUCCCCUCUUGCAUAGUACGUAUGUUAUUCAAUUCCCGCUAGAUACAUGCUUUCGCACUGGAUGUGGACUUUGCCGGUGUGUUGCAAUGUAUUCUUCGUUGU